AUGCCAGUGGAAGAGCUUCAAGGACCCUUCAAGGACAAGUCAAAGAUGGCGCACAAGUUAGUGAGGCCGGUGGUGCAUCUGUUCACCAAGCGCGACUGCCACCUGUGCGAUGUUGUCAAGGCUGUCAUGGCAUCCUCCACCAUCCCACAUGAGGUGGUGAUGGUGAACAUCACUUUGCCAGGGAGAAGAGCGUGGUUCGACAAGUACAAGUAUGAUAUCCCGGUCCUGUACAUCAACGGCCAGUACAUGGCAAAGCACCGCAUCACAAAGGAGUCAUUCGAGGAGACGGCACGCCGCAUCAUGGCUGGUGAGAAGAUACCGCAGGCAAUACUGGCCGAGGACCCGAACCCGGACCUCCCAAUCGGUCCUCUUCCAGACACGAGCGAUCCCCUCUAG